AUGUCAGCACUCUCUGGACGCCUUUGUCUGGGGUUUGAUGAGCUAGCGAAGGGAAGUCAUGUCGAAAGACGGGGGUUUUUGUGCAGUCGAGUAGGGCGUGGGCCCGAAAUGUCCAAAAGAGGCCGAAUUCGAGUCGGCCAAAAGCCGCGCAGGUGCAUGAAGUGCCAGCAAGGACGACUCUCGUGUCACUCGAGUGAGGGCACAAGUGUCGUCGUGCGAUCGGGCUCCUUGGGAGUGCGGAGGCUCGCAGGGAACGGGUUACUCCAAACGCGGUCGUGUGGCUCACCUGAGGGCAAAGCGAGAGACAGGAUCCGAGGUGGGAUGGAUCUCCGGCGUGCCACCCAGCUCGUCGCUGUUACGAAUGCCUCGCAAUGGGCCAAAGGGGCAUGGAGAGAUGGAAAUUGCAGACGGCAGAAGGUGAGGACGUUUGCCCGUGGAGGUGGUGGAUGA